AUGUAUCUUGAGAAGCUUGUUACUGCUGCAGAUGCUCAAGAAAAGAAGCUUGAUAAUAUCCACCUAGUCAUCCAGGACCAAACAAGGCAGCAAGAACAGAGGCAUCAAGACAACAAAGAUAAACAGGGCUUAAAGAACCUGCGUGUGACUGAUCCCCGGGAGGAUAAGAAGCGCAUCCAGGAGACAAAGGGUGGCCUCCUGGAGGAUUGUUACCACUGGAUCCUUGACCAUGCUAACUUCCGGCAAUUUUGCGAUGAUCCACAGAGCCGGCUGCUCUGGAUUAAGGGUGAUCCUGGUAAGGGCAAGACAAUUCUCCUGUGUGGUAUUAUUAAUGAACUGGGGGGGGGAACAUAA